AUAAAUAACAACAAACGUCUGACUGAAGUCACGUGCUGCCGCUGCAGUUUUGGCCCUGGAAAAAGCCACAUAGUUAGGCCUAGGCCUAAAUGCGAAUGGGCAGUUCGGAAACCGGGCGGAACUAAAAUUAAAAUGGAUGUCAACCUGACUUGUAAUUUGCGCUAUCAUAACAAAGUUGCUCUGGUAACCGGAGGAUCAAAAGGAAUUGGAGAGGGAACUGUUCGAGUUUUCGUACGGAAUGGUGCUAAAGUUGCUUUCUGCGCUAGAGGAGAGGAAGCAGGCAAGAAGUUGGAAUCUGAAGUUAAUCAACUUGGACCCGGUGAAUGCUUCUUCAUAAAAUGCGAUGUGCAGAAGGAAGAUGACAUUAAGAGGACAAUUCAAUCAACCAUUGAUAAAUUUGGACAGCUUGAUUGUCUCAUUAACAAUGCGGGUUGGCACCCACCAGAACAAGUCAUUGAUGAUAUAUCUGUUGAUGAUUUGAAAUCGCUGUUGAACUUUAACCUAAUAAAUUAUUUUGCUUUUGCAAAGUAUUCCUUACCACAUUUGCGAAAAACUAAAGGGAACAUAAUAAAUAUGUCCAGCCUUGUGGCCAAACUGGGUCAGUCUCAUGCGAUUCCAUACGUCUGCACCAAGGGUGCAAUAGAUGCGUUUUCUAGAGCUUUAGCAAUUGACGAGGCAAAACACGGAGUACGAGUCAAUACUGUUUCACCUGGUAAUAUUUGGACUCCUUUGUGGGACUCAUUAGCAAGACAAUCAAGCAACCCUGAGGCUAUGGUAGAAGGAGGACGUGAUGCUCAGUUAAAUGGUCGUUUUGGAAGCAUUGAAGAGAGUGGUCAGGUGUGUUUGUUCCUCGCGGCUGAAGCAACCUUUACCACGGGCAUCGACUUCUUGUUAUCUGGAGGUGCUGAACUCAAUUAUGGGCGUAAAAGUCAAAUGGUGGAACGGACAAAUAUAUAUGAUUAAUCAUAAAAUUCUGUGGCUGAUUGAUUACUUUCUAGCUUAAUGUGAGUAGCUUGUUAGUGGGGCAGAAUUAACCACUCCAAUGCAUCAUCUCUCAUCAUCGUGGACAUUCGUAAUUUAGUGAGCAUCUCCAGUGAGUUUGACAUUUGCUGUUUCGAAUCCUGUAGGGUACAAUAUAAUUUCUAAUAACUUUGGUGCAAUGAGUUUAUAUGUCAAUCAGUUUCAUUCAUAUUAUAAUGUCUAUUAUGAAAUAUUUUAUAAUGAUCAUUUCCAAAUAUCAUAAUUUAUUUUUUAUAAGUAUAAUCUAUUUUACUUUUCCGUUCCGGAGGUUUUCGAAAUAAUUGAAUUAAAUAAAAAAUAAUUGAAUAAAGUAAAAAUAAAUUCUAAACAUAUAUAAAUUAUAUAAGAUAGAGAAGAUGACAUUAAUUUUGUAACAUCUAUAGCAUUUAAAUUAUCCUAAUAUUUGUAAAUGAUAUAGAUUUUGAAAUAAGAUUGAUAAUAUAUUAAAAGAUAUAUUACACAAAAUAUGCUGUAUAAGAUAAAUUUAUUUCAUUUUUUAGGAAAUUUUAAAUGUACAAUAUAAUACUACUAUAUAGUACUAUCGAAAGUUGAAGUUCCCAGACAUACAGUACCACAAUUUACGGUGCCACAUUAUCACCAGUCGAAGUAGAGUUGUUUUUAAAACCAUCCUUACUGUCUAUAAAGGUAUAAAUAGAUAUUCCCCUUCCUAUUUAUCCACACUCCUUACUCCAAACUCCUUGUUUUCCAACUCGAAAUAAUCUUCCUCAUGAUCUUAAGAACAUUUCUAAUGUAAAUAUUUUCAAAAGAUCACUUAAAACCCAUCUUUUUGCCCAACUCACUUGUCUCUGUUUCUGUCUGUGUCUUUCGUUGUCUUUUUAUGUUGUUUAUCCAUAGACUGUAUUCUGUGUGGUAUGAGAUAGUUUUUUCUGGUGUGGAUCAGUUGCUCGCUUGAUGAUUUGAAAUUUUAAGGACACAUGGCUUGAACUUUGCAACCGAAAUGAAAUUGGCAUUAUAAAUGCCCAGUAACAGUAAGCGAUAGCUAAAAUUAUUACAGGGCAAGUGCUGAAAAUUAGCAAAAUUUUGUAGAAUGAUUCAUAGAUUUCGGAAAAAAGAAAAACUUGAUAAAGGUCUACAGUAUGGUAUAAUAAGGUAAUAUGCUGUGAACAUGAUAUUCUGACUUGCAGACAAAGGCUCAUGGAUGGUGGCAGUUUUUUGGUUUAAAAUCGCAUUGACAAAUGUAGGUGGUCAGUAAUAAUAAUUAGCUAGAAAGAAAAUCCAAUGGAAGGGAAUGAUUUAGAAAGAUGUACUUUUAUGUUAUUUUAUUCAUUGAGAAUGUGUCUGUGACUUAUCAGACACAAAAUUAAAUUUGCAAUAAAGUUUGUAAUAAUUUUCAAGAAAUUUAAGACAAUGGUAUGCAAUGAUCAAACACAUUCUACACUCAGUAUUUGAAGUAUCAAGAUUAAAGACACUUUUUAUAAGUAUUUUGAAACUUUUGAUUUUAGUUUUAUAAUUUUUUUUGUAAAUUGGUCUUUCUUCAGCAUGAGACAUGAAUGUGUAGUCUGUUGUAAAUCAGUAUAAUUAAAGGUUUGUCAAAUUUGCAUCUUAUUUUCAAUGUAUUUAACGAGAGUAAUAGUGUUGACUUAAUAAAAGUAGACUAGCUUUGAGUAUGAUACAGGAAA